AUGUUUCUCACAUUAAUGAUGCAGAGACCUGGAGCUUUGUGUUUAACUUCAUGGAUCACAGCAGGAACUGCAGUUCUGUGUUUAACCUUCUUCCAGUCAGCAGACUCCGGGUCGGACUGUGAGCUUGGCGAGAGGUGUGUUGGACAGAGCGAUGAAAACUUUAGCAGCUGGUAUGUGUGGUUCCUGGUGUUGUUUUUCCUGGCCCUGCUCCUGUCCUGCGGGAUCUGCUGCUGCCUGCAGUGCUGGCUGAGGCGCCGGAGCCGCCUGCCCCGACGCACCGUGGCUGUCUUUGCCCUCAGCAGCUCGGAUGCCUUCUGUGCUGCUGAAGUACCUCCGUGCCCAUUCUCCGGAUCCCUGAGCUCCUGCAGGACUGCAGAGAUUUCCUCUUCUCCUGCCUCAUGCUUCAGCCUUGGGGGAACUGAAUUGCCUCCAUCUUAUGAGGAUGUUAUGAAGGAAAACAAGCUCUAG